AUGGACGUCAAUGAGGACACCUCAUUCUCCGCUGAAUCAUACUUCGAAACACAACCACCUCCAGCGGGUAUAGAGGAGGCUAUUCAGUCGAGCGGAGGGACAACCGUCCCUUUGGAGCUUCAUGUCGUCAGAUUUCUGGACAACUUUAGUGCUGGAACUCGUGGGGCGACAUCUGCAGAAUACUUUCUGAAAGCUGGAUAUGCAGUUAUAUUCAUGCAUCGGCAGUUCAGUCUCCAGCCGUUCAGUCGGCAUUACUCUCACACCACAAACCCCUUCCUCGACUUCCUCGAACUACAUCCUCCAGCCGAAGGAAGCAACGGUGACCAACCAGUCAUCACUGUCUCGCCUUCAAAACGCACGCAACUCGCAGAAGUACUGGCCACUUAUCAAGAGGUCCACCGAGCGAGAACCCUCCAUACUCUUACCUUUGUGACAAUCAAUGACUACCUUUACCUCCUACGAGGAAUAAGUAGUAUAUUAAAGUCGGCAGGACGCAAAGGGAUGUAUUAUCUGGCAGCGGCCGUCAGUGACUUUUUUGUACCAAGAAAACGCUUGUCGGAGCACAAAAUCCAGUCGAGAAAGGGGAGCCUCAUUAUUGAAAUGGAUCAGGUUCCAAAAAUCCUAAAGCCACUUGUGGAGGAAUGGACAUUUGGAGGGUUUGUAGUAUCAUUCAAGCUCGAGACAGACAAGGAUCUUCUUAUACCCAAAGCUCGUGCAGCCUUGGAAAGAUACGGUCAUCAGGUGGUGAUCGCGAAUAGGCUUGACAACAGGAAAUAUGAAGUUAUUUUUGUUACACGGGCGGACGAUGGACCUGGGAGCAAAAUCCCUAAGUUCAAAGAAGAAGUAGUUAGACUGAAGGACAACGACUCGGAAAUCGAGGAGGACAUUGUUGCGAAACUCGCAUCAUCCCAUGAUCAAUGGAUUGAGGGAGGUUGUGCGGGGUUGACUGGUGACCACAAGUAA